AUGGAAGCGGAGAGCGUCACCCCUCUAGAUGAGCCACAGGCUCCCCUCGCUUAUCCUGAGACCGACGAGUCACCACGAAUAGCAAGACGGAAACACUACUCGUUUCAUAUGAAGCGUGCAGUAUUACAAGGAGAUGAGGGAAUAAGAGUGCGCGCUGCAGCAAAACAAUUCGGCAUUCCGCGUCGAUCGCUCAGCGACUGGAUAGCUGACAAGGAAAAUAUAUUGGCUUAUAAAGGGUCAGAGAAGACGCUGGCGCUAGCUACGGGUCGCCCGUAG